CUCUUUUGACACAUGAAAUAUAUCUAGUUUUUUAAAAAUCAUAUUAUGAACAGAUUAUUUGGAACUCAUUCUAAUACAUUUAAACCAAAUAUUAAUGAUGUUAUUUUAUCAACAGAACAACAAAUACAAAAUAUAGAGAAAAAGAUAGAUAAAUAUACGGCAGAACUUGUGAAACUUCGACAGAAAAUGAGGAAUUGUUCAUCAGUGUCAUUAAGAGUAUUGAAGAGCCAGGCAUUGACAUUACUUCAUCAGAAAAAAAUAUAUGAGCAACAAAAAAUGAAUCUUCAACAACAAUUACUUAAUAUGGAGCAGACGGCGUUAGCUACGGAUCAGAUUAAAAAUACGGCAGCUGUUAUAGCAGUUAUGAAAAGUACGAGUAAAACGUUUCAAGGACAGCGAUUUAAACUGAGCGAAAUUGAAAAAAUUCAAGAUAAUAUGGAGGAUAUGUUAGAUGAAGUGGAUCAAGUUAAUUGUUUGCUUGCUCGAUCCUAUGAUUUAAAUCAGGUGGAUGAAACAGAAUUGGAAGCAGAAUUUGAAGCUCUUGAAGAGACAGAAUUAGAAAUUGAGAGUGGAAUUCCAAGUUAUUUAGAAGGAAUUGAAGAAUUGAAAGAAAAUGAAGAGAAAACGGAGAAAGCGGAUGCUAUAGAAUUAAAAGAAGCUAAUUAUAUUUGAUAAAACCUUUAUAUGGAUUUUUUAAUAGGAAAAAUAUUUCAGCAAA